AUGGACGACGACUCCGACUCCGGGGUAGAUUGUAACGACGACGACAGCACGUCCUCGGUCGGCGAGCCCCAGCAGAACGGCAGAUGGGAUCACGGCCGCCAGUAUGCGGUAUUCUAUGAAGACCCCGGGCGAGACGCGAAGUUCAUCGAGCCCGUGGACGAGCUGCAGCGAGAACAAUGGGCGCGGCGGCACGAGGUGUUCAAGGAGUUGAUCCCUCUCCACCGCUCCGCACUACCUCCUCAAGGACGCUGUUUGGACGUCGGUGCCGGGUUGGGGUUGUGGGCAGUGGAGUUCGCAGAUAAACAAACCGAUUGGAGGGUCGUCGCUAUCGACGUGUUUCCAAACUUCCCGAGAUGGGUCCCCCCGAACAUGAUGCCCAUGUUGGAGGAUGUCGAAAGCCUGUCGUACACCGCAACAUAUGACUUCAUCAUGGUACGCGACAUGCAGUGGUCCGUCAACCUGCGCGACGUGAUGCCUCGCCUAGUCAGAUCUCUGCUACCCCGCGGGUCGUUGGAGGUGGUCUGUCUGGGGCCAGUAGAACCAAGCAAUGGCGCAGAGGGUGGAGGAAUGAUAGAGAAUAUGCCGCAGCAGAUCGGGAUGCCGUCGUGGGCGGAUAUCGAAACGGGCCUCCCGACGUGGAUGAAAGAGGCGGGACUGGUGGACGUGCGAGCUGAAGUGCUCCUGGUCCUGGUGAGUAGCGGUUCGGGCAUGGACACGACGCAUUUACGACGCGACGGGUGGAGCGAGGACGAGAGAUAUUGCAAACUCGUCCUCGUCCAUGGCACAAAGCGUACGGAUCAAUCAUAG